ACUGCCUUUUGCGGAGGACGGCAGCUCGCCACAGCUGCCGGCUGUUGGCGGCUCUCAAAGCCGUCAGCAGUGUCUCAGAGCGUGCUCACCGCCACCAAGACGUAGCGACUCUCCACGCGGCCGUCGUUUGCGCAAAUAACGCUUUCGGCGCAUACCACUGUUGGAGCGCUCUAUACACGCGGCGCGCGCUACCAUGGCUGACUUCGCGGCCCAAGCGCCGCCGACGAGCGUCACGAAGAGCCCGGCGCCGUCCGUGGGCGCCGACUCGCCCUACCACUCCAUCGUCCAGGACGCGCAGUCCGGCCUCAUGGAAAAAGUACAAGCAGACGUGGGCCACGUCGUCCACGCGCUCGAGGCGAUCUGGAACGAGGUCGGCUACUCGGGCGAGGAGCGGCGGCUCCAGAUGGACAAGCUCAGCGACGAGCUCACGCAAACUUUGAGAGCGAAGCUCGCGCAGGAGGUGGAAGUGCGCGACGUCUUCAAGAAGGACAUCCAGGCUAAGAUUGCGGAGUGCGAGAUGCUCGCGCGGAGUGUGGAUGAUGACGGUACUGGUAGUUUGCCCGAGGGUUUAGAUGUUUCAAGGUUGCGACUGUCGCACGGCCUCAUGAAGCUCGAGGAGGAGCAGGCCAAGCUCGAGGCCGCGACCCAAUCCAGGAGAGACGAGUUCCAGAGUGUGUGGGUCGCGCUCAAGGCGUCGUCCGAGAAGCUGGGCGACGCGUUAGAUGCGGACUGCGCCGAGGUCGGCCGCGCUGAUUUGACGAAGGCGCGACUCCUACGCUUCCGGAAAGCUUUGGAGGCCUCAACGCAGCUCGAGGCCGAGCGGAGGAAUCGCCUGGAGUCCCUACAGAAAUCAACUACAGCUCUAGAGAAGGAGCUUGAUGAUGUCUCAGACGCGCCUGUCGUCGAGGGUGCGGAAUUGGCGUCGGCACGGAUCGACCAGGCCCAAGCUCGCCUCCAAGCCCUCAAGGACGAGAAGGCCGCGCGAUUGGCCAAGCUCGCCUCGCUGGGCGAGGACAUUUCUAGGUUGUGGCAACGAUUAGGCGUGGACGAGGCGCGGCAGAUCGAAUUCCGGGACGCGGUGAAGCACGGCGGGCUGCGGGGCGUGACGUUCGAGUUCGGCGAGAAGGAGCUCGCGUCGUUACGGGCCGAGCUUUGUUCGCGGUGCGGCGACUUGACCAACAAAGCUAGAGCGAAGAUCGAUGGGUUGUGGGACGAAUUGCAGACGCCGGAGGGCGUGAGAAAGGCCUUCGCGCCGCGCUGGGAUGAAGUGAGUGAAAGGACGGAGGCUUUUCUUGCUUUACAUGAGGCCGAGGUGUCGCGGCUGGAGGCGCGGCGCGAGCAGCUCCAGCCGUUACUUAAAUUAGUAGAGAAGCGCGAGGAGUUGUUGCUCGAGCGGACGGCGUUGCAUUCGCUCCAGAAGGACGCGGGCCGACUUUUACGAAGGGGCCCCGGCGCGGCAGCGGAGCGCAAGUACGAGAACGAGGCCAUGCGGCGAGUCAAGCAGCUCCCGAAGCUCACGGAGCGGCUCUACGAGAAGUUGGUGGAGUGGGAGGAGUCGGAGCCGCCCGUGCUCUACAAAGGCACGAGGUACCUCGACAAGAUGGCGCGGGACAAGCAGGAGGCGGCCGCCGAGCGCGCCGCGCACCUCGCGGCCAAGCGGCAGGCCCAGACCGCGCGCAAGGAGCGGCUCGCGGAGAUGACGAACCAGAACUCGACGGGGCUCUAGGCGUUAGCGUUCCCCGGGCAUAAGUUUACAAUUACGACA